AUGGAGGGCUGGCGAGGAGCUUGGUAUGUGCCAUGUCUAGCUUCACUUGAGACCCUCCAAGAAUUAUGUAGGAAGGAAAAUCUCAGAUGUAAAUCCAUUGGAAUCACCAACAGGAAUCUAAAGAGUUAUGAGGUGGAAUAUUUGUGUGACUACAAGGUAGAAGAGGGCACAGAAUACUAUCUUGUGAAAUGGAAAGGAUGGCCAGAAUCUUCAAAUACUUGGGAACCUCAGAAAAAUCUGAAAUGCCCAUUGCUUCUUCAAAACUUUCUUAGUGACAAGAAUGAAUACUUGUCUCGGGUGAGAGAAGGCAAAGCACUGAAAGUGAGAAACCAUGUUAAAGCUUUGAAACCUGCGGUUGCAGAUUACAUUGUAAAGAAGGCUAAGCAAAGAAUAGCUCUGCAGAGAUGGAAAGAAGAACUCAACAGGAAAAAGAAUCAUAAGGCAAUGAUUCUGGUAGAAAACACUGUGGAUCUUGAAGGCCCUCCUUUAGACUUCUACUACAUUAAUGAGUAUAAACCUGCUCCGGGAAUAAAUGUAAUAAAUGGAAUAACGACUGGCUGUGAAUGCGCUGACUGCCCCGCUGAGAAGUGCUGUCCAAAGGAGGCUGGAUUUAUUUUGGCUUACAAUAAACGAAAGAAGUUGAAAAUCCAGCCCGGCUUGCCCAUCUAUGAAUGCAAUUCGUUUUGUAGGUGUGGGCCUGACUGCCCUAAUAGGAUAGUACAGAAAGGUACACCGUAUUCUCUUUGCAUCUUCAGAACUAACAAUGGCCGUGGUUGGGGAGUAAAAACCCUCCAGAAAAUUAAAACCAACAGUUUUGUGAUGGAGUAUGUUGGAGAGGUGAUUACAAGUGAGGAAGCAGAGAGACGAGGCCAGCUCUAUGACAACCAGGGAAAUACAUACUUGUUUGAUUUGGACUAUGACUCAGAUGAAUUUACAGUAGAUGCAGCUCGAUAUGGAAAUGUGUCCCACUUUGUGAAUCACAGCUGUGAUCCAAAUCUUCAAGUCUUCAAUGUGUUUAUUGAUAACCUCGACUUGCGUCUUCCUCGAAUAGCGCUGUUUUCUACACGAACCAUUAAGGCUGGAGAAGAGCUAACCUUUGACUAUCAGAUGAAAGGUUCAAUAGAUCUGACUUCAGACUCUGCUGAUGGCCUUAGCCCAUCCAGAAAGAGGAUCAGAACUGUCUGUAAAUGUGGAGCUGUGUGUUGCAGAGGUUAUCUCAACUGAGUUCGGCCCGAUUCAGCGAUGCAUUCCACGUGGAUGGAAUCUGCAAUCUCCAGCUCCUUAAUCCGCUGCAGUCUGCAGCCUUCCCUGUCGGUACAGGAUGGCGAGAGUGGCUGCGGCAAGAAAUGGAUUCCUUACCAAAUCGGUUUCUCUGCCCUCUCCUGUGCGAGACAACACAGGGCUGGUUCGACACUCUUUUUGUCUGUCUACGUCCAUGCCCAGUUUGAUUUAAAUAUUGCAAGUAAAUUCAUUUUAAAAGAUAAAAGUCUUAGUAGUUGUACUUGAGUUCAGUGUCUGCCUUUUUCCCAAGGCAGUAUAUGUUACCACCAGCAUUGGAAUAACACUGCUGUUCUUUAAGGGUAUGUGUGUUACCUCUUGUGCGAUAAAUAAAGGACUGUUAAUUUA